AUGAAUUGUCACUGUAAAUAGUAAAUUAUCUGACUCUGUUGUCUAUUUUCGUUUAGAAUCGCAUCGUUUAUGAUUUACGAGACUAGAGUUUACAAGAUUUGGUGAAGUUUGAUGAUGAUUCUUUGUUCGUAAGGAAAUUGGAAUAUGAAAUUUGAUUUUAGAUAUAGGUCGAACUCAAUCAAGGUAGUUCAGGAUUGUCCGUUAUCAUCAACUCUGAAGGAGGAGGAGAAGGACUGGAUGAGGAAGAGCUGUUGUUGGUCGAAUAUUCCGCAGGAGCUGUUGAGAGAGGUGUUAGUGAGGAUCGAGGCUUCGGAAAGCAGUUGGCCUUUGAGAAAGAAUGUGGUGGCCUGUGCAGGAGUGUGCCGGAAUUGGAGAGGGAUUAUGAAAGAGAUUGUGAGGAUGCCGGAGAUCUGUGGAAAGUUAACCUUCCCAAUUUCCGUUAAACAGCCCGGUCCAAGAGAAUCAAUCCUUCAGUGUUUUAUAAGACGAAAUCCAUCUGCACAAACAUACCGUCUUUACCUUAAUUUAACUCAAGCACUUGCAGAUGAUGGGAAGUUCCUUCUUGCUUCUCGAAAAUUCAGACAUGCCACCUGCACAGAUUACAUGAUAUCUCUCCAUAGCGAGGAUAUGUCAAGAGGAAGUAGUACUUAUGUUGGGAAAAUAAGAACAAAUUUCUUGGGAACCAAGUUCACUAUAUAUGAUGGCAAUAAUAUUACUCCACCUCAUAUUGGAGCGAAAAUGUCAAAGAGUUGCUCGGCUAGACUUGUAGGUUUAAAACAAGUGUCCCCUAGAACUCCACCUGCAGGAGGAGGCAACUAUCAAGUGGCUCACAUCUCCUAUGAGUUGAAUAUGUUAGGUUCAAGGGGUCCAAGAAAAAUGAACUGUGUGAUGGAUUCUAUUCCUGCUUCUUCUUCUGCUACUGCUGCUGCAAUUGAUUCGCUGCCAUUACCGUUUUCCUUAACAAAGUCAAGCUCAAUGGAGAACUACAACUACUCUUCUGGUGGACAUCUUCUAGGAGACAAGAAACCACUUGUUUUGAAAAACAAGUCUCCAAGAUGGCAUGAACAGCUUCAAUGUUGGUGUUUGAAUUUUCACGGAAGGGUAACUGUUGCUUCGGUGAAAAAUUUUCAGUUGGUGGCUUCAGUCGAUGAGAAUAAUGGUCCACAACAACAACAAGAGGAAGUUAUACUUCAGUUUGGAAAAGUUGGGAAGGACGUUUUCACCAUGGAUUACAGAUACCCAAUUUCAGCAUUUCAGGCAUUUGCGAUUUCACUCACCAGCUUUGACACCAAGAUUGCUUGUGAAUGAUAUGAACUACGCAGUAAUUUUUGCAGGAUAUCAAGGCAAGAGAUGCGGUGUAAAUUGAUCAGGGUCCAUCUAUAUAUGGUUGCAUUAAUUAUUAAUGCAUGCUUUUAUUCUUAUUCUUCUUAUUAUUAUUAUGGUAAUGGGGUUUUGGGAGACCAGAAGAAGCAAAGCACAUAUGCAGGCUGUAGCCAUACUCUUUGUAUCAUAUAAUAAUUAACCUAUUUGGAAAAUGAGUAAUUUGUUACUGGUCAAAAUGGAAAAUCUAAAUUAUUUUUUACAUUU